CCAAGUAAACAAGGGCCUAGGCGAGGCGAUCUGGCAUUCUGGCCCAUGUCACUUUCCAUCGGCGUCUCAGAUUAUUAUAUAUUUUGGCCCAGCAUCGGCACUUCUUUCCCGCGACUUCACACUCACUUUAAGAACCAGCGCCACCACCAUCUCCUCCUCCGCCGCAAGAAAAGAAGCUAAUUCCUCCCUUCUCUCCACACCACUACCACUUUCAUCCUCUUAUACUUCCAGUUUUUCCUCCAAUGCGUUCUUCUCUUCGUCGUCGCCAUUGCCAUUUCCAUCUCCAUCUCCGUCGCCAUCGCCCCCAACCCUACUCCGAUGGAUUCGACACCGGACCAGCGCGUCCUCCUCCACGGCGACCUCGACCUCCAGAUAAUAAGCGCCCGUAACCUCCCCAACAUGGACCUCUUUUCCGAACGGCUUCGCCGUUGCUUCGGCUGCUGCGGCCUCCCCUUCCCCCGCUCCGCCAAUGGCGUCGAUCACUCCCACCGCUCUAAGAUCAUCACCAGCGACCCGUAUACCACCGUGUGCAUCUGCGGCGCCACGGUCGCUCGCACCCGCGUCAUUCCCAACUCCCAGGAGCCCGUAUGGAGCGAGCGCUUCAGAAUCCCGCUCGCCCACAACACUGAUCGGGUCGAGUUCCAGGUUAAGGACAAUGACGUAUUUGGUGCUGAGGUUAUAGGGACUGCCUCUGUGUCUGCCGCCCUUGUCGCCACUGGCAGGCCCUUUGAGGGGUGGCUUCCAAUUAUCGGGUCAUCCGGGUUUCCACCGAAGCCAGACUCCGCUCUCUACGUUUCCUUUUUAUUUACCCCUGUGGAAAACAAUCCAAUAUACAGUCAUAGUAUCCCUUGUGAUCCAGAACAAUUAGGGGUGAGGGACACUUACUUCCAUGUGAGAAAAGGCGGAAAACUAACUCUCUACCAGGACGCACAUGUUAAGGAGGGAGAGCUCCCUGAGAUUAAAUUGGACGGAGGGACGGUGUUCAAGCAAGAGAAGUGUUGGGAAGACAUAUGUCAUGCAAUCAUUGAAGCUCAUCAUUUAAUUUAUAUUGUUGGCUGGUCACUCUAUCACAAAGUGAAGCUGGUAAGGGAGCCAACUAGGCCAUUGCCGGAAGCUGGGAACCUUACUUUGGGGGAUUUGCUGAAGUACAAGUCGCAGGAGGGUGUUCGAGUCUGCUUGCUUAUUUGGGAUGAUAAGACUUCACAUGAUAGGCUCUUCUUCACCAGUGGGGGACUUAUGCAAACUCAUGACGAAGAAACAAGAAAAUUUUUCAGGCAUUCAUCUGUGGUUUGUGUGUUGUCGCCACGUUAUGCAAGUGGAAAGCUUAGUUUGGUCAAGCAACAGAUUGUGGGUACCCUCUUCACACACCACCAAAAAUGCGUGCUUGUUGAUACUGAGGCUUCUCUGAGUACCAGAAAAAUUACAGCUUUUAUUGGAGGUCUUGAUCUCUGUGAUGGACGCUAUGAUACUCCAUCCCAUAGACUUUUUCAGGACCUUGAGUCAGUGUAUCUUGACGAUUGUCACAAUCCCUCAAUCAAUAUCCAAGGUAAAGGUCCACGGCAGCCAUGGCAUGAUCUACAUUGUAAAAUUGAAGGGCCUGCUGCUUACGAUGUACUUACCAAUUUUGAGCAGCGUUGGCACAGAGCAACAAGAUUGCAUGCUUUUGCAAAAAAAUUUGCAAAGGGUGGCGAUUGGCAUGAUGAUUCUUUACUAAAGAUAGAUCGUAUCUCUUGGAUACUCAGUCCACAAGAUCCUGAACCAUUUGGUGAUCCAAAUUUGAAGGUUUCAAGUGAACGAGAUCCAGAGAAUUGGCAUAUUCAGGUUUUCCGGUCUAUUGACUCUGGAUCCGUGAAAGGAUUUCCUCAAUCAGUUCAUGAUGCACAAAUGGUGAAUCUUGUAUGCGGAAAGAAUCUGAUGAUUGAUAAGAGCAUCCACACAGCAUAUGUGAGAGCCAUCAGAUCUGCACAACACUUCAUAUACAUUGAAAAUCAAUAUUUUCUUGGUUCAUCUUAUGGUUGGCCAUCUUAUGAAAAUUCAGGUGCUGACAAUUUGAUACCAAUGGAGCUAGCACUGAAGAUUGCUAGCAAAAUUAGAGCUAGAGAGCAGUUUGCUGUGUAUAUAGUCAUACCAAUGUGGCCUGAAGGGGUUCCUACAUCUAAUUCCGUUCAAGAGAUCCUAUUUUGGCAGGCCCAAACAAUGAAGAUGAUGUACAGGAUCAUUGCUCAUGAGCUUAAAUUAGCAAACUCUUUUGAAGCACAUCCACAAGAUUAUCUUAAUUUUUACUGUCUUGGAAAUCGAGAACCAUCAAGUUAUAUUAUCCCUCCAACUAUGCAACCCUCGAAUGAAGUCUUGUCGACGAAAUAUAGACGUUUCAUGAUUUAUGUCCAUUCAAAAGGGAUGGUAGUGGAUGACGAGUAUGUGAUUUUGGGAUCUGCCAACAUUAAUCAAAGAUCAAUGGAUGGUUCAAGAGACACUGAAAUUGCUAUGGGGGCAUAUCAGCCCCAACACACCUGGGCAGGGAAAAAACUUCCACAAGGCCAGGUACACGGAUACAGGAUGUCAUUGUGGGCGGAGCAUCUUGGUAUGGAUGCCCACUUAAAUGAUGCUCACAGCCUGGAAUGUGCUAGCCACAUCAAGAAGCCUUACAGUUUGGAAUGUGUAAAGUUUGUUAACAGGGUAGCCGAGGAAAACUGGUUCCGAUAUACUGCUGAAGAUAUAAUUCCAUUGAGAGGCCACCUUCUCAAAUAUCCUAUUCAAGUCGCUGCUGAUGGUGAAGUGAUGUCGCUUCCUGGGCAAGAAACUUUUCCUGAUGUUGGAGGUAAGAUUUUAGGAGUAUCCACUCCACUCCCCGACGAGCUAACUAUGUGAUGUGGUUUCAUCAUUUAACGAGCAGCCAAUUUAGAUCUAAUUCUUUAAUGUUAGAGCUCUUGUGGUGCUGCUAACAAUUCAAGUCAAACUUUAAUUCUAAUGCAGCUUGAUUGUAAUAUAUAAUGUUUAACAUAAUUGUAUAAACGUUCAGUUAUUGAUGUACGAGAUUUACUUUUGCAGCUA